AUGGCUAUGAUAGAUACUGUAACAAGAGAAGCUCAGAAUAUUUUAGCCUUACAACAAGUACAAACUCCACUGAAAGGUGGUGAAAAUACUCCAUUGGUUGGAGAAUCCGAUUUCUCGGGCACCACACCACGUCUACCAAGUAAUCUAUCCACACCGAACAUUCUACUACCGAGUCAAAUAGUCGGUGCCACACCAUUUCGUACACCGAAUAUCAUCGAAAAUGGUACUCCAAAUGUUCUAAUGGGUGGUGGCAGUAAUACACCUGGUCCGAUGAGAGUCGGCGAGCAAAAUGGUCCAGUACCCAUGAAUACCCCGCUAAGAAAUCGUCUUAAUAUCAAUUCAUCAAUUGACGAGAAUAAUAUCGAUGCUCUUGAUCAUCAAGAUGGUGCUGCUGCCGGUUUCUAUGAUAUCACUGCUGUAAAAACAAAUCUCCGGAAAAGUCUAGCUAAUCUUCCAACACCAAAGAAUAAUUUUGAAAUAUUUAUCCCUGAUGAGAAUGCAGUUAAUGGUAAUGAUGAUGAUGAAAGUGCUAUCGGUGGUGGUACUGUUGAUAUGGAUCAACUUGAAGAGGAUAAAGGAUCUGCGGCAAAAAUUCCUGAUCAAUCAGAUCUGGACAGACAGUCAGAGAUAGAACGAGCUAAAGCUGCUGAAUUAGAAUGGUCUAAGCGUAGUCAAGUGGUGCGUCGUUCACUUCCUAGGCCAUCAGCUGUUAAUCAUACAGUGUUACGCAAUAUGCCGGGUGGUGGUGGUGGUGAUUCAACAAAUCAACCACCUCAACAAGAAGCGAAUAUGACGGAUUUGCAAAAGGCUGAAGAAUUAAUCAAGCAAGAAAUGGUCACAAUGAUACAUUAUGAUAAUUUGAAUAAUCCUCCACCGAAUCAACUUUUGGAUGCAGCGAAACAAACAUUGGUGACAACUGGUGGUGUUGCACCAGCUAGUCAACAACGACGUUACCUGCAACAAUUGAAAGCUACACAUGAAAGCUUUUUAAAAGACUCACCAUAUGAACCAUUCAAUCCAGAGGAUUUAAAAGAGGCGGAGAAGCUACUCGAAGAAGAAAUGCAUGUUGUACGCAAUGGUAUGGGUCAUGGUGAAUUAUCCGCUGAAGCUUAUGCAAAAGUUUGGCAUGAAUGUCUAAGUCAAGUACUGUAUUUACCAGCUCAUAGGCGUUACACACGAGCUAAUCUUGUGACAAAACGUGAUCGUAUAGAAUCACAUGAAAAACGAUUGGAUCAGUUGCGUCAUCUUAUGGCUGAAGAGGCGAAACGUGCCGCGAAAAUAGAAAAGAAGUUGAGAAUUCUACUUGGAGGUUAUCAGUCACGUGCUCAAACUUUAAUGAAAGCUAUCGAAGAAAGCGUCGAUCAAAUUGAACAAGGUUACAUGGAACUGACCACUUAUGAACGACUUCAUGAACAAGAGUUAUGCGCUAUCGCAAGACGUUCUGAUGUGUUGGAAGCUGAUGUUGAACGUCAACAGAAACGACAUGCUGAUCUUCAACGUGAAUAUGGUCGAUUAAUUCGUAUCCGUGAAGAACGUGAAGCUGACGCCUUUUUAGCCAGUAAUAUGGAUUUAAUUGGUGAUAGUGAAAUGUCGACCACCACAACCACCACCAAUAAUGGUGGUGUUGGUGGUGGAAGCGAAGCGAAUCACAGCGACUCCACCUCAUCAUCCAAAAUGGUGAAUGGAGGUAGUGGUACAACACGUAAAUGGAUUGCUGUCACACAAGUGGAAGAUGUGAAUAACCCGGAUCAUUCAAUGAGGAUGAUGAUUGAUGAAGAUGGUGAAGGCGAAGAAGACGAAGAAGAAGAACAGACAACGAAUACUGUCCUCACCGCUUCUAAUCAUUUGAACAAUGGCAAUGGUGAUACAAAUAGUCUUAAUCAUAACGAUAUAUCCUCAUUGAAUAAUGAGGAUCAUCUCACAUCAGAUUCAGAAUCAACUACCAUCAAUGUGAAUAUGAAGGUGGAAUCAGUUGAACAGAGACAAUUAAUUCACCCUGAUUGA